AUGUAUCGCAUCGGCGUCGAUGUCGGCGGCACCAAUUCCGACGCGGCAAUCCUCGACAUAACAGCAUUCGACCAGCCGAACCGUGGCGUGCUCGCAUCCUUCAAAGCCGCAACAACGCCAGACAUAACCAGUGGAAUCGAGAGAGCAGUACAGAAUGUCCUCGCUGAUUCCAACGUCCGCAAAGCAGACGUGCUCAGCGUCACCAUCGGAACCACUCACUUCAUCAAUGCUUUGGUAGAAGCCGAUGCUCGCCGGCUCUCCAAGGUCGCCGUAGUGAGACUCUGUGGUCCUUUCACCCGCCAGAUCCCGCCCUUCUCCGACUUCCCAGCUGGCCUUCGUCGUGUCCUAGAUGGCGGUGCCUACUACCUCGAUGGAGGCCUCGAAAUCGACGGCCGUGAGAUUGCACCAUUGGAUCAUGACAAGAUACGCAAGACUACCCUUGAAAUUGUUGCAUCGGGCGUACGUUGUGUGGCGCUUGUGGGCGUCUUUGCACCACUCGACCAUGCCGGCAUUCACGAAGAAACGUGCAAGAAAAUCAUGCUGGAGGCUGCCCCAGAACUGACUGUUGUUUGCUCGCGAGACCUCGGAAGCACCGGUAUCCUCGAGCGUGAAAACGCCACCAUCUUGAACGCUGCAAUUCUCAACACCGCGAAAAGGACAAUUCUCGGCUUCAAACGUGCCAUGGCACGGUUGGGACUGAGCUGCCCCCUCUACUUGUCCCAGAACGAUGGCACUCUGCUGGAAGCCGACGCCGCCGCGGCUCAUCCCAUCAAGACCUUUGCCAGCGGGCCCACGAACAGCAUGACCGGAGCCGCCUUCCUCGCCGGCCUGGACAAACCAAAAGGCGUAUCACCAACAGGACAGAAAUUAGACGAUGGGGACCAAAAUGAGGAAUUCCAGGUUCUGGUCGUCGACAUCGGCGGCACCACGACGGACGUCUGCGCGCUGCUGCCGUCCGGCUUCCCGCGCCAAGCUCCCGGCUUCGUCGAAGUGGGCGGCAUACGGACGGCCUUCUCGAUGCCCGAGGUCGUGUCGAUCGGCCUCGGAGGCGGCAGCAAAGUCGAGGUCCAGGCCGAGACUGGCGAUGUGACCAUCGGGCCGGGCUCCGUCGGCCACUAUCUGACUACCGAAGCCCUCGUCUUCGGCGGCUCCACCCUGACCACGACGGAUAUCGCGGUAGCUUGCGGGGAAGCCGAGCUCGGUGAUCGCAGCCUGACCGGCAGUGUGCCUCCUGACGUGGUCAGCGAAGCGCGGAGCAAGACCAAGAGAAUGAUCGAGGCCGUGGUCGAGCGGAUGAGGAUAUCGGCGGCACCUGUCCAUGUCCUGUUGGUGGGUGGAGGGUCCCUCCUGGUAUCCGGCAGUCUGAAGGGCGUUGCCAAGCUCACCGUUCCGAUCCACCACGGCGCCGCAAAUGCGGUUGGUGCAGCAAUUGCCAAGGUCUCUGGCGAGGUCGAUGUCAUCGAAAUCCUGGAGUAUGCAGACGAAAAAGUCGUCGUUGCCGCAGCAUGCCAACGGGCGGCCAGCCAGGCAGCUGAGAAAGGAGCAGACCCGAAAGAUGUCAAGAUUGUCGAGAUCAAUAAGAUCCCUCUGCAAUAUACUACGAAUAGAGCAAUUCGGCUGCAAGUUAGGGCUGUAGGAAAAUUGGCUAUUCCGGAAGCAAAGGCCCGCCAGAGAGAUCUUACCACCAGUAAAGUCAGCAUUCAAGAUGGAGAGGAUGAUGAGCUCGAAGGACCUAAGGUUUCCAUCCCGGAUGCCUUGGAACCAACAACAAAGCCGUCACUGUUUGUUGACAUUGAUACGUACCGGCCAAAUGUUGAAAGUGGAAUAUGGUAUGUCUCUGAAAUGGACCUUGAGUUUAUCGCAACGGGCGCGGGUGUGCUUGGCACAGGGGGUGGCGGCCCAACUCAUCACGACCUUUUGAGAGGACUUCAAACUUUACGAUCGGGUGGCGCCGGGAAAAUGCGUGUCAUCUCUCCAUCCGCCGUCAAGGACUCGGAUAUAAUCUGCUUCGGAUCUUGGUACGGCGCACCAAGCGUCAUUAAUGAAAGGAUCUCAGGUGGCGACGAAAUUUCCAAUGGCAUAAACACUCUGCUCAAAGUGCUCGGCCACCAAUCAUUCGAUGCCGUAUUCACUGAUGAAAUAGGUGGCGGCAAUGGUCUAUCUGCUUUCCCUACAGGUGUAAAGUAUGAUGUCCCAGUAAUCGACGGCGAUGCUAUGGGGAGAGCCUACCCGACAAUGUAUCACGCAACCCUAUACAUUAACGGCCACUCCAUCACACCGUGCGCAUUAGGAGAUGCCCGUGGAAAUGUGUCAGUCGUUAUGUUCGCUGUCAAUCCCGGAAAGCUUCUCUUCAGUGGAAAGAUUGUUGACGUGCGACGUGACAUCAGCGGCGGCUACACUAUGGGCAGUGUUCUCCUUGCUCCCAAUAAGGAUGAUCCCAGUGUAUCCGCCACUCCCCAAAGCCCCACUUCGGACCGACACAUGAUCAUCCCAUUCCAGAACGAAUAUUUGUAUGCUGCAUACACAGACUCAACCGGCGCACUGGACUCGGCCGAAGUAGUAUGCACGGUGCCAGACUUGAUCUCGAUCUUGGGCCAAGACGGUGAAGCGAUUGGAUCUCAAGACUUACGUUAUGGCUUGGUGGUGAGUGUGAUUGGCAUGCCGUCGCACCCGUUGUGGAAGACGGAGCAGGGACUGAACGUGGGUGGACCUCCCGGGUUUGGGCUGACCAUACCGUUCGUCGGAGUUGGUGAAUACACCGAUCCACGAAGCGUCAUCGAGGACUUCGGAAAUGCAUCUUAA